AUGUCGGCUUGUCAGAAUGUCCCACAGUUUCUUUUCACUAGUUCCAGAGCGAGGUACCUCUCGGCUGACAGGUUGAAUUGUGCCCUGUUUUCCAUCCGCAGUGGCACCUCCCCGCUGGCCUGCCUGAACGCGAUGCUUCACUCCAAUUCAAGAAGCUGCGAUGGGCUUUUUUACAAACUCCCCGGGCGGAUCAGCCUCUUCACUCUCAAGAAAGCUGCUGCCCAGUGGUCUCGGACCCUCGCCGGACCUGAAGGAGAAGAGCUGGAUGACGCCGAGAGCAGUGGUUCCAAUGAAGCUGCCAGCACUGUGAGCGGGGAUAAUGAUGUGUCUCUGGACGAAACCUCUUCCAACGCCUCCUGUUCCACGGAGUCCCAAAGCAAGAGCAGCCUUGCUCUCCGGGAGAGCACCAGAACAGCAUCACAGGUGAGCAAGCAGAAGAAAAAGGCAGGCAUGAUGCUUCCCCGUGUGGUCCUGACACCCCUGAAAGUAAAUGGGGCCCACAUGGAACCCUCUUCCGGGUUGGCGGGGAAGCCGGUUGGCGACGAGAGCAGCAGCAGCAGCUCCUCGGUUCUGCCCAGCACUCUUUGCAACAGGACAGAAAUGGCGAGGGAAGCCCCCCACCUGCUCCGGGGGGUCCGCAAGCCCUCCAGCGGACAGAUGAAGAGGAACCGGGGGGACGACGUAGACUUCGAGACGCCUGGCUCCAUUCUGGUGAACACCAACCUGCGGGCGCUGAUCAAUUCCAGGACCUUCAAUGCCCUCCCCCUCCACUUCCAGCAGCAGCUGCUCCUCCUCCUCCCUGAAGUGGACAGACAGGCUGGGACAGACGGGCUGCUGCGUCUGAGUGGAAGCGCCCUCAACAACGAGUUUUUUGCUCACGCUGCCCAGAGCUGGCGGGAGAGGCUGGCAGACGGGGAGUUUACUCACGAGAUGCAGGUCCGCAUCAGGCAGGAAAUGGAGAAGGAAAAGAAGACGGAAGUCUGGAAAGAGCGCUUUUUCGAGGACUACUACGGGCAGAAGCUGGGCUUGACCACGGGAGAGCCGAACUCGGCGUCCGGCGAAGCAGAGAACAGGACCGCAGCCGCCUCCCCAGAAGGCCCCGCCAGGGCACCCUGCGCUCCCACCACCCACCAGCCCGACGGGCACUUCAAGAGGCGCUCGCUCCGCUGCCGGAGCCGCAGGAACCGACACAAGUUACGCGAACCGGAGGCCUCCGCCCCUGCCCCAGAGGCCUCGCCGUCGUCCUCUGCGGAGGCCACGCCGGUUGAGGAGAGGGAGGCCGAUCCCUCCGCCGACGAGCGCCAAGGCAGCCGGGCCUCUCCCCCGGCCGAGAUGUCCCCGGAGGUGACCAGGGUCCUGAGCAGAGUGGACGAGGUGGUGGCUGUGGCGGCAGCAGCGGCGGCGGCAGCCCCGGACAGAAUUCCCAGCCUGCCUCUGGGGCCGCAGGAGCAGCAGAAGAGGAAGUGCUUCGAGCAAACCGCCUCCCCCUCUUUCCCCGAGAAGAAGCCGCGGCUGGAGGACCGUCAGUCCUUUCGUAACACAAUUGAAAGUGUUCACCCAGAAAAGCCACAGCCCACCAAAGAGGAACCCAAAGUCCCUCCCAUCCGGAUUCAACUUUCCCGAAUCAAACCCCCCUGGGUGGUUAAAGGUCAGCCAGCCUACCAGAUAUGUCCUCGGAUUAUCCCCAAUCCAGAACCCGCCAAGCCGGACAGAAGGGGCAGCCCAACCUCUGCUGACUCUCAGGCCUGUCCUCUGCAAGGCCGAGUCCAGCGAGCGGCUGCUACUCCUGCCUCCACCAUUGGAGGUGGGGGUGGGCCAGGAGGCGGUGGAAGGGCUCCCGACGAAGGCGGUGGUGGUGGUCGCAGCAGCAGCAACAACAACAACAGCAGGGUCCGUCCGCCCAGGAGCCACCGCGCCAAGCACUGGCGAUCCAAGAGAACUCGCGGGAAGCGCUGGUCAGAUUUACAGCGAGCACAGUUACUGCCGCCUUCCCACCUAGACGGGAAGACCGGCUGGCCGGUGCCUAAAGCCAACUUGCCUUCCGGGGCCAGAGAGCCCACCUGGGAAGGAGAGCGUGAGCUGGGUGGACAGGCCGCAAGUCUUCCUUCCCAGAAAGCUGCUGCCCAGCGAGAGGAGCCUUCGGAAGGAGGCACCCCUGAUCGCAGAGCAGCGGGAGUGCCGGCCGUUAGUCCUGGGCAACUAGUGGAGGAUCCGAGGCCUCCCCUGUCUCCAGAAGAGGCUUCUCUGGAGGGCCGUAAUCGGAAGGAGAGAAGGGAAUCUCCCGUGGGAAGCCAGCGGAGCAGUGGCUGGCUAGGAGACGCGGAAAGCAGGAAGGAGGGCCGUGAAGAUGACCGUCCCGCCAUGUUGGACUGCACCACUGCAGCACAAGCCGGCUCCCUUGAUCUGGCUCCGGAGAGCAGCGCAAGAGUUGGCUCAGAGGCUUUGGGCUCCCCUGCGUGGGACGGCGUGCCAGUGCAUCCCACUCCUGCUGGGACGGAACGUCCACCCUCCCAGCCUCAGAGGGCCGCCCCUGGUGCUGGAAGAGGAGCCCGGAGUAGCCCAGAGGAAGCUUCCCGGGCGACAACAGGCCUGCUCCCUCCUUGCUUUGAGGCAAGUGCCCACAAGAGCCACCUGUCCCCAGCAGAGGCACCCUUGGGCAUGGAGGUAGAGACUGACCGAGAGCGGGCCGAGGCAGGGCCGAAUGCCAGCCCCAGCAGCGACGAGGGAGCCCGGAGUCCGCUGAGUGAGACCACAGAGACCGCUUCCGAUUUGGAUGCUGAGCUCACCGAUGAGAGCUUGGAAAUAAACCGGGAUUGUCGCCCCGCGGAAGCGAGGGAAGCCAGGUCCAACCAGAGGCACCCGGAGGAACGCAAAGAGGUCAUCUUAGAAAGCAGGAAAGAUUUGCCUUCCGACGUCGACGUUGCCAACGCACCGUGUGGGAGAAAGUCGCCCUCUGCUACUCUCACGGCAGGAACAUCGGUUCUCUCCAUUUAUGUCAAAAUCCAGGAAAGGCCCCGCUCGGGCGUCCCCCAGACUCUGUCCACCGGAGCGAGCAAGCCCCUUGAGGGACAAGGGGUCAUCCAGGGCCUGCCUCCACGAAGCGUUCUGCCCUCUUCCCAGGCGGCUAAGAGCAGGGACCGCCUCGUGCAGGACGCUUCUUACGAGGAGGGGACAGUCCUGACUGACCCAGCCGGGAAGGCCGCUUGUCCAUCCGAGCUCUUGCGGGAUUCUGCCGGAAGGCCCUGCCUGCCGGAGACAGCCUCCCUGCCUCCAGAGAAGAAUCCCAAUUCGGGAUCCAUGGAUCAAGCCGUCCGUCAGUCCCAGAAAACAGAUCUCUUGAAUCUGGGAAAGAAUCAUAUCUCCCCCACUCUUCAUCCAGAUCAAAGGGAUCCUCCCUGGGCAGAUUCUACCGUUGGCGUCGGGAAGCUGGAAGAGAAGCUCAAGACGGCCCCGGAGCCCAGGCUCGUGACCUCUCUGGGGCCCGGGCAGCCAAACAACGUUCCUGCAGGGAAGACCCCUGCAGCUCUGGGCAGGAAGGUCUUCGGCUCGGGCAUCCCCUCGGGUGGGGCGGCAGCCAAGGCCCAGAAGCCCCAGGGCUCCGAGCCCUUCCCCAUGUGGGGCAUGCUGUCCCACAGCAAACUGGUCUGCCCCACGCCCAAGGGUGCUGCCCCCGGAGCCGGCUUGCCUCCUGCAAGGGAGGGUGGGCCCUGCAAGCGGGACGAGAACAGGAAGGUCCAGGCCUCGGUCCAGAGAAAGAGGGAGCCGCCGAAAGAGGCCCCUGCCAAGUUGAGGGAGCCUUGGCAGAGCCUCCCUUUGGUGAGGGACCUGGCUUUUUUCAAGCUGCCGAAGGAGCCGGGCAAGGGGGCCCCGCAGCCCCUGGAGCCUUCCUCCCUGCCUUCCCAGCUCAACAUCAAGCAGGCCUUUUACCGGAAGCUCUCCAAGCUGCAGCUGAAUUGCGCCCAGCUGAAUUCCGCCUCUUCGGCUGGCAGCCCCUUUUUCCCCAGAAGCCUGGAAGGCAGCCACGCCAUGCCCUUCGGCCCCAAGGCCACCCUGACGGCUUCUUCCCGGGGCGGGCUGUCUUUUUCCGCCCAGGUGUUUGCCGAGACGGGCAAAGGCAUGGAGGAGCUCUCCUUGCAGUGCUCCUGCAGCCUGAAAGCCAUGAUCAUGUGCAAGGGCUGCGGCGCCUUUUGUCACGACGACUGCAUCGGCCCCUCCAAGCUUUGCGUGCUGUGCCUGGUGGUUAGAUGA